AGAAGAGGAUUCAUGAAACAGUCGGUGAAAGAAAUCUGAAGGCAACGAAACAUCACUGCAAAGUGAGAGGAUCAGCAAGGGAAGAGAAUAAAAACGAAGAGAGACACGAAAAAAAGAUUGAGAGGAAUUGCGCGGUGACGAAAUAUUGUGGGGAAUGGAACGAGACGAAACGGAAAGAGUUCGGCAUGAGAAUCAGUGAGGGGAAAGAGAACAAGAGAAAUUCUGAGGUGAAAAAAUAUAAUGAGGAAGAGAAUGAGAGGGAUUCGGGAGUGAAGAGACAUAACGAGAGAAAGAGUGAAACAAAACGGAGAGAGCAUGUGGUGGAAAUCAGUCAGAGGGAGAGGCAUGAGAGAAGUGUGGAGGGUAAAAAGCACAAUAGGAAAGAGAACGAAGGAAAACUGGAGGAAGUGAAGAGAAUCAACAAGGAAAAGAUUGAGAGGAACUUCGAGGUGAGGAAAUACAACGGGGAAAAGAGAGGAAUCGGAAAGACAGAGUAUGGGAGGGAAAUUGGUCAAGGGAAACAUUGUAAAAGAGAUGCGAAAGAAACGGGAGAGAGUAGGGUGCAGGCGGAAAGGAAUUUGAAGCUGAAGAGAUACAGCAGAGAAGAGAACGAGACAAAAGGAAAAGAGUAUGGAAAGGUAAGAGGACAUGGAGUAGAGAACGACAGCGAUUUUGGAGUGAAAAAAUAUAACGAGGAAAAGAAUGAGAGGAAUUUAGACAGCAGACAAGAGAAAGAGAACAAGAGGAUAUUGGAAGCAGAGAAAUAUAUCGGCGAAGAGAAUGAGCGAAGUUCGGCAAGGCAAAAAUACAAUGGGAAAGAGAAUGAGAUGGAAAAGAUAGAGUGUGGGAUUCGAGAGAGUGCAGAGAAUAAAAAUGAGACGAGAUUGAAGGCAAAGCAAAACAACUGGCAAGAGACCGGGCUGGAAAAGAGAGAGCGUGUAAAUGAUGAGGUGGUUUCUGGGAAAAACACUGGUAAAGAUGCAGAGCAUUUAAAAAGAGUUGAGCCAAAGAAUGAUGCGGUGAAUCGUAAUAUAACUGAAAUUGAAGAGACGGCAGAGAAUGAGAUUAAGGGAAAUAUUGAAGCGGAGUGUGUGGCAGACGACGAGUGGAUUUUCGAGCUACUUGGAGAACCAACCACGUCUGUUGUGAAAACAAGAGAGUGCAAAGAAAACGAGAAAACAACCGCCGAAGAAAUAGUGCGCUUAAGAGGAGAGCUGGAGACGGAACGAAAACGACGAAAGAGCAUGGAAGAAGCGUUUAGCAGAGAUAAAAAGCAGUUUGAAUUGAAUUUUUAUAGUUUGCUAGUAACAGCUCGAAAGCAAAUUAAUCGCUUAAAGGAAGAAAACAACGUCUUAGAAGAAAGGCUAUCCUCAAACCACUCAAUCCUCUGUCCCGAAUGCAGCGCAGAGAUAUCAAUCCGCAAAAACAGUCACAAACCCAAAAACAUUAAAGUGCUGAGGGGACGGAAUACGAUCGAAUUGAAUUUUGAUAAUUUCGAUGAUCUGAGGAAAUUUUUGAUCACGAAUAAUUUCGAGCGGAAUGCCGAUGGAUUGCCGACGAUAUUCGACGUCGAGAGUGCACAUUUAGCAACGUUAAAGUCAACUGAGAGCACUAUAUCUGAGUUGAUUGGCUUGAGGACUGAUCAAAAGGCAUUGGCGAUCGAUACGGAUCAGUGUAUAAAACGAUUGCGAGAUUCACAGCAUAAUAAUAACAGUAAUAACGAGUAUAAUAGUAAUAAUAAAUGUGAUAUAAAUUGUAACAAUUCACGUGUGGAGUCAUCGAUAAGCGCACGAUUCUCAUUACAUUGCAAAGAGGUGAAGCAAUCGGAGAGCCGUGAUUCGUGUCAUCGACUAGCGGCGAAAAGGCAACCUUACAGCGGGGAUUCUGCUAAUGACAAUGAGAAAAUUGGAGCGUGCAGAGAAAGAAAAUUGGAUGAACGAAGAGCGAUAGAUACUAGGAAUCGAGGA